AUGCCUACGGCAUGGCUUGGCUUAUGGUAUCAACGUGGAAUGAAUUCACUAUUAGAGAUAACAAUCGAUCAUAUCCAGACAAAAGGACGAUGUAUAGAUAUACUUCCUAUACAACAGUAUUACCUCUUUACUGAUCGUAUAAAUCGUUGUACGCGAUGUCUUUUAUUCAUUGAACGAGAUACCAAUUUACUUCAAUAUCGUGAAAGUGAAUGUAAUGAUGCGGAUGAUCUAUCAAGUAUAAGUUUAUGUCCAAACAUGAUUGCACCCGAUGCUCAAUUGUAUACACUUCAUCGAAACAAUUCUAAGCCUCAAUUAUGUCCUAUUCAACCACCAUUUUUCUUAUUAAAGUUAAUAAAAGAUGGUUCAACAUGCCAUCGAUCAUUAUCAUUAUCAUAUAUUGGUGAAUGUAUAAAUGAUUAUCAAUUUCGUUUACAUCUUUCAUCAUGUUCAUCUUAUCAUCAAAAACUUGAUCUUCAAUUAUUAUGUGUUGCAACAUGGAUAGAAGGUUUUCAUACAUAUUUCAUUACUCGUAUUGUUACUAAACAAAAUUAUCAUAAUGAUAAUCAAUAUGCAUGUUUUUAUUAUAUAACAAAAGAAAAAGAUAUAUCAUCAUCAUUUUCAUUAAGUAUGGCAACUGAUGAUUCAUGUCGUGAUCUAAAUUCUCGACAUAUGGCAACAGUAAUGACAUUAUCGUCAAUAAAUCCAUAUAUGGUUAAUGAAUCAAAUAUAUCUUGUACAUAUCCAGAUGAAUUUCAACAAUAUGAAUGGUAUUCACUUAAUCGAACAAUACAAAUGUUUAUAAGAAAUAAUGAUAUUGAAUUAAUACAUAUUCAACAAAAUGAAUAUAAUACACGAUUUCAUUGUCUUCAAUCAAUAAAUUCAUCAUAUUAUCGUAUUCGAAUAUUUACAAAUUGUGAUGUUAAUGAGAAAUGUUUACAAAUAAAUCAACGAACAAAUAAUGUAUUAGAAUUAAUUAUAAAUAAUUGUUAUAAUAAUGAAUAUAGUAAUAUAUUAACAUUUAUUAAACAAACAAAUUAUAUAUCAUCAUGUCCAACAUCAAUAGGACAUUUAUUAUUUGAAUCAAAUUAUAAUCAUCAUUAUCAUCGACAAUUAGUUUCAAGAAAAAAAAUAUUUCAUAUGUCAAUUGGUUGUGAAAAUAAAGAAAAAUUAAUUAUUUAUCAAAUAGAAAAAGAUCUUGAAUAUCGUUCAUUAACUCAAAUGGAUACAUGUAUUGCAUCAUGGAAAUCUAAUGAUUUAUCAACGAUUUAUCUUAUUGCUCAAUCAAAUUAUUCAAAUACUAGUUAUUGUCUUAGUUUUCAAAUGGGUAAUUCAAUUAUAAUUCGAAAUAAUAGUCAUACAUGUUCAUUCAAUAAUAAUGAAGAUAAAACAUCUAUUUCAAUUUAUUCAGCUAAAUUAAUUAAUCCUUGUUCUCAAUCAAAACAAUUCACAUUAAACUAUAUUCUUUUAUUAAUAACAAUAUUGUUAUAUAUAAAUAAUACUAGAUAA